GACAGGAGCUUACCGCUCGGACCGGACACCCCCCUUUCGAAUAACAACAAUCGACUGGAAGGAGAUUUAUUUUAUAUGUUACGCGUUUUUCCGUUCUUUUUUAAUGUCUCCAGAAUACUCGAAUGAAACCGUUCAGGGGUGAACGAUACCAGUGCUAACUCCUGCACCGAGCACGGGUCGAAAAAGCAUCCCACAACAAGAGGAACUGGUUCUAAAAGUUUUGUGUACCACCCAUUUCGUUGGAACUUAAAAAACUACCAUCCCGCUCAAGUUGGGUUUUUGUUUGUAAUGGAAACCAAGUGAAUGCCAUUGGAUACCUAAAGCGUGUAACAAAAAAAAGUUCCAAUUUAAGAAGAAUAUGUUCCAUCGACAGAGGAUUCGUGUGAGACUUUGAAUUUGUUAAUUUUUUUUUCUUUUGUUCUUUCACUCUCAACCGUCCUUCAAAACCAGUCUCAAAAGUACGUAAUAAUCUCUUACUUAGCAUAGCAAAAGAAAACGAAGCUCUCCACUAUAUAUAAAUAUAAAUAUUAUAUACAUACAUAAAAACUUCUUAUAUAGAAUUGCAAGUUAAGAAUAUUCUCUAUCUCAAGUAUCAGCACGUGGAAUAGCCUAUUGAAAAAAAAGAAUUUAAAGAUAUACACUCGUUAAAUUCUUCUCUAUCUCCAGUUGCACUCAUUCUAAUUAAAUAGUUCAUAGUAGAUCGGAUCGGAUCAGAUCAGAUCAAUAGAGUUAUUACAUUUCAACAUCUACGCUCGGAAUUCGCUGAUUCUUUGAAAAAAAAAAUAUUCCUUAGUGCCACUUUCUAGAAGUGAUUAAUAAGAACAAAGCCAGUCUACCUAGAAAGAAUCUGCCUAGAAGACAUUGCAAGAAUCUUCGCAAAACUAGAUCCGGCCAUGGGAAGUUUCCCUGAGUCUUUCGCACUUAGAGUAGUGUUUUUCACGGUGAUCUUUGCCUAAAGUCUCUGUCCUGGAUAUCGACAUUCCGAUCCCCAUCAUGCCUAGGACAGGCCGCACGGACUGCGAGCUGGGUCACAGCGCGACUCAUCAUGUGCCUCUGUAUUCUGGUGUUCUGCAAUGGCACCGGUAGCUCUAAUUUUUGUAGUCAGACUGGUCAACGAAUGUGUUCGAAAUGAAGACCAUUAGUAAAUGGUUGCUGCCUCCAGUGAAGCACCGUCGACUCCCUAGCGUACGUCCUAUAGUAGUGCACUUAAAGGGCCACUAGUUACUAAUAUGUACCGGACGUCGGUCCCAAAAGACGAUAAACUUUCUCGCCAUUUCCAUUUGUUUAUAUUUAUGAUGAUCAAUCGGGGGAUCAAGACGGAUCACAGCUUAGCAAGAAGUCCGCCAUCCACUCUUACCUGCUAAGGUUGCAGAAGUCCGUAGGGCAUUGGUGGCGACCCCUACGGACCCCCCGCUUCAGCUCAAGAAGGGUAAGACGUAGCACCACGAGGAGCAUAAAAGAGAUCUGUGAUGUCCGCCGACGACCAGUCCGACGAAGAGGUGGUUCCUAUAUUCCGUCCCUUCACGCGGGAGUCCCUCGCGGCUAUCGAGGCCCGGAUCGCAGAGGAGAAGGCCCGCAAGGAGCAUGCGCAGAAAGGGGAGGACGGGGAAGAUCAAGCGGACGAUCCUCACCGCCCACCCGCGGCGAGGGGAUACGAAUCGGACGACGGAUUAGAACCGGACCCGAAUCUCGAAGCCGGCAUGCCUGUGCCUAAGAUGCUGCUUGCUGAAAUCACGCCGGAUAUUUUAGCCAUUCCCCUCGAAGAUAUAGACAAGUUCUACGAAAACAAGAAGACAUUUGUCGUCAUCAGUAAAUCGAAAGACAUCUUUAGGUUUAGUGCGACCAACGCCCUGUACCUAUUGAGCCCUUUCAAUCCAAUCCGUCGAGUGGCAAUUUAUAUUCUGGUCCAUCCUGUCUUCAGCUUCUUUGUCAUUACCACGAUCCUUGUUAACUGCAUUCUCAUGACUUUUCCAAAUAACCCCAAUAUCGAAAAAACUGAAAUUUGGUUCACUUUGAUAUAUACCUGUGAAUCCGUCAUCAAAAUGUUAGCCAGAGGAUUCAUUCUAGAAAGUUUCACAUAUCUUCGGGAUCCAUGGAAUUGGCUGGAUUUUGUAGUUAUUGCUUUAGCAUACAUCACCAUGGGAGUAGAUUUAGGUAACCUCAGCGCCUUGAGAACUUUCCGCGUAUUUAGAGCCUUAAAAACUGUAGCUAUUAUUCCAGGUUUAAAGACCAUCGUAGGAGCUGUUAUCGAAUCAGUAAAAAAUCUAAAAGAUGUGAUUAUAUUAACUUGUUUUUCACUGUCAAUUUUUGCCUUAUUGGGAUUGCAAAUUUAUAUGGGUGUUUUAACGCAUAAAUGCAUUUUUGUCCCCCCUUGGACGGAAGAAGAGGUACCGUUGGUAAUCAACACACCAGAAUUUAUAGAACAUGCCAGUAACUCAAGUAACCAUUAUUACAAACCUGACGCCGAUGAACCAAAACUUUGUCGACCAAAUGCUGAGCUAUGUCCACCUAACUAUACCUGUAUACCAGGUUUUGGGAAGAAUCCGAAUUACGGAUACACAAAUUUCGACACGUUUGGUUCCGCUCUCCUUUCAUCUUUCAGGUUAAUGACACAAGAUUUCUGGGAAGAUUUAUAUCAAAAAAUUCUGAUAACGGCCGGACCAUGGCACAUGGUUUUCUUCGUGGUAAUCAUCUUUCUAGGUUCUUUCUACCUAGUUAAUUUGAUCUUAGCGAUUGUCGCCAUGUCAUAUGAUGAAUUACAGAAGAAGGCCUUUGAAGAAGAAGAGGCUGCGGCGGCCGAAGAAGCAGCGAUGCAAGCAGAAGCUGCUCGUCUGUUGGAGGAAGAAGAAGAAAGGGAGCGUGAGAAAAGAGGCGAAGGGGUGGUCAAAAGUCCCUCGGACUUGUCCUGCUCUUCCUACGAACUGUUCGUAGGUCAAGAGAAGGGCGGCGAGGAAAAAGAUUCGAAGGAGAGGGGAAGCAUAAGGAGUGCGGAAGGAGACAGUGUUUACGAAAGGGAACAAAAAGCAAGGCUCAACAACAAGAUGCGAAAGGAUGGCAACGCUGCUAUAACUGAUUACCAAGCGAGUCUAAGUCUUCCUGGGUCUCCGUUCAACAUCCGACGAGGCAGCCGGGCCAGUCAGUUCAGUUGUAACUGGCGGAACGGCCGACGUUAUGGGGAUCGCAAGCCAUUGGUACUGCAAACUUUGGUCGAUGCUCAAGAACAUUUGCCCUACGCUGACGACAGCAAUGCCGUCACGCCUAUGUCGGAGGAAAACGGAGCUAUCAUUAUCCCGGUCUAUACGAAUUUAACUCAGCAUUCCAGCUAUACGUCUCACUCGUCUAGAAUAUCUUAUAAUUCGCACGGAGAUAUAUACGGAAAAGGUUUAACAAAGGAAAGCCAACUUCGAUCCAGAUCAAGGUUCUUACUCGGACUCUACAACGAGGAUAUGGAGGGUGACGAUUAUAUGAUUCCAAAACAUAAGCAACCCGACAAUCCUUUCGUGGAACCUGGAGAUCCGAGGAAGAGGCUUGAUAUAAAAGAUGUUAUGGUGCUUAACGACAUCAUCGAGCAAGCGGCCGGGAGACAGAGCAAAGCAAGCGAACGAGUGUCCGUCUAUUAUUUUCCAACAGAGAGAGAGGAGGAGGAAGAGGAGAAGCCCAAGUUUAAGGAAAGGUGUUUGGCGCAGUGUAUAAAGUGCAUUGACGUCUGCUGCGUUUGGGACUGCUGUACUUGUUGGAUUUAUUUCCAGGAGUUUUGUUCUAUCAUCGUCUUUGAUCCCUUUAUGGAACUCUUCAUCACUCUGUGCAUUGUCGUGAAUACCCUAUUUAUGGCUAUGGACCAUCACGACAUGGACCCGUCUUUCGAAGCUUUCCUCAAAAACGGAAAUUAUUUCUUUACAGCAACUUUUGCUAUCGAAGCUGGUUUGAAACUCAUAGCGAUGAGUCCAAAAUUUUAUUUUCAAGACGGCUGGAAUAUAUUUGAUUUCUUUAUAGUAGCUUUAUCUUUGAUAGAAUUAUCCUUAGAAGGCGUACAAGGAUUGUCAGUAUUAAGAUCAUUUAGAUUGCUUAGGGUUUUUAAAUUAGCUAAAUCUUGGCCAACUCUAAAUUUACUCAUCUCCAUCAUGGGCAAGACCGUAGGAGCUUUAGGAAACUUAACCUUUGUUUUGGGUAUUAUUAUAUUCAUCUUCGCUGUCAUGGGGAUGCAACUUUUCGGAUCAAAUUACACGAAAUUUAAACAUUUAUUUUAUGGUGGUGAAGUUCCUCGAUGGCACUUCAUGGACUUCAUGCACUCCUUCAUGAUCGUGUUCCGUGUAUUAUGCGGAGAAUGGAUCGAAUCUAUGUGGGACUGCAUGGUGGUGUCGGGAUGGCCUUGUGUUCCGUUCUUUUUAGCUACUGUAGUUAUAGGUAAUUUAGUGGUGCUGAAUCUCUUUCUUGCUCUGUUACUGUCAUCUUUCGGUGCCUCAAACUUGUCCCAAGCUCCUGCCGGGGACGAUACAAAAGGAAUAGCUGAAGCCUUCAACCGGAUUGGCCGGGCGAAGAAUUGGGUGAAGCAGAAAAUCCUCGGGUACCUCAAAGGCUUGCGGGCAAAAAUAACCAAUCAAAUUGCGGACCAGACAACCGAAAGCGGCGAGGGGGAGGAUCCUCCAGUGCUCAUUGUCGAUGGCCAAGUGCCCAGUAAAGAUAAGAAAAGUCCAAAAGAAAAGACAGAACUAGAGAUAGCCCUAGAUGGUUAUGAAUUAGGAUAUCAAGAAGAUGGAAAGGCUAUUAAGAUGAAGAAUAAGAGUAAUUCAAUGGUUAACUCUGUAAGAAUGGGAGACAAAGUGCAGCCAAAGGAUAAUAAAGAAAUGAAGUUGUUUUUGCAGGAGAAGGAAGUGUUUGGAAACAAGGUGCACCCGCAGAAAGAGGAAGACAAUCUCAGCAACAAGUCGUACAACGGGUACAAGGACAAAGGGGUGAUCAUUGAGAAACCGUCCAAAGAAACCAGUCGCUCUUCGCAGAACAAUGACUCCGACGACGAGAAGAAGGAUGCGAGCAAAGAAGAUAUUGGAGAAGAUGUACUGGCUGGAACUGACAUCCAACCUCGAGAAGGAGAAGGCGGCGACGUUGACACUGAUAAACUGGAAACUGAAGCCGCCGAUGUCAUCAUCGCCGAGUAUCCAGCAGACUGCUGUCCAGACCCUUGUUAUACCAAAAUCAGGUGUUGCGCGGAAGAGUACGACCCAGAAUUCUGGGAGAAGUGGAAAAACCUUCGCACCAAGAUGUUCAUACUCAUAGAAGACAAAUAUUUUGAAACCAUUAUCAUAACAAUGAUUAUGAUAAGUAGCUUAGCUUUAGCGGCCGAAGAUGUAAACCUGAAGUACAGGCCGGGCCUGGAAUCCGUGUUAACUUACAUGGACAAAGUGUUUACCGUCCUUUUUUUCUUUGAGAUGUUGAUAAAGUGGGUUGCACUCGGUUUUAGAAAAUAUUUUCAAAACGCGUGGUGCUGGCUGGAUUUUGUUAUCGUCCUGGUGUCUGUGAUCAAUCUAUUAGCAACAGAAGUUGGGGGAGGAAACAUACAAGCCUUCAAGACUAUGCGAACGCUCCGUGCCCUGCGUCCACUGCGGGCUCUCUCGCGAUUUCAAGGAAUGAGGGUUGUGGUUAAUGCACUGGUACAAGCCAUUCCAGCUAUUUGUAAUGUGCUGCUGGUGUGUUUGAUAUUCUGGCUGAUUUUUGCAAUCAUGGGCGUUCAGCUGUUUGGCGGAAAGUACUUCUAUUGUGAAGACGAAAAUGGUGAAAAAGUUAACAUCACUUUCGUCAAUACUAGAGACGAUUGUAAAGCUAAGAAUUUUACGUGGACGAAUCCGAAAAUCAAUUUUGACAAUGUAUUAAAUGCUUACUUGGCUUUAUUUCAAGUGGCAACCUUCAAAGGCUGGAUUGACAUCAUGUAUUCGGCCGUAGACACUAGACAAGUAAACGAACAACCUCUAGAAGAAGGCAAUCUGAUGAUGUAUUUAUACUUUGUUCUGUUCAUCAUCAUCGGGUCCUUUUUCACACUGAAUCUUUUCAUUGGUGUGAUCAUCGACAAUUUCAACGAGCAAAAAAAGAAGGCAGGGGGAUCCCUGGAGAUGUUCAUGACGGAAGAUCAGAAGAAAUACUACAACGCCAUGAAAAAAAUGGGAGACAAGAAGCCGGUGAAAGCCAUACCAAGACCAAGGUUCAAACCCCAAGCCAUAGUUUUCGACCUGACAACCAAUACCAAAUUCGACAUGGCAAUCAUGUUGUUCAUUGGCCUGAACAUGAUAGUGAUGGCCAUGGACCACUACCAAAUAGAGGAUGGCUUCAAUGACGUUUUGGACCGCCUUAACGUGUUCUUCAUUGCUAUAUUCACCACAGAAUGUGUGCUCAAGAUUUUUGCAUUCCGAUGGCAUUACUUCAAAGAACCAUGGAACGUUUUCGACUUCGUUGUUGUUAGUCUGUCUAUAUUAGGUGUCGUGCUAAAGGAUUUGAUCGAGAAGUAUUUCGUAUCACCGACGCUGCUCCGUGUCGUCCGAGUGGUGAAAGUGGGUCGUGUGCUGCGAUUGGUGAAAGGAGCCCGUGGAAUCCGAACCCUGCUGUUUGCACUCGCCAUGUCCCUGCCAGCCCUUUUCAACAUCUGCCUCCUGCUUUUCUUAGUGAUGUUCAUCUAUGCCAUUUUCGGCAUGUCUUUCUUCAAGACAGUCAAGCAUCGGUACGGUAUCGAUGAGAACUUCAACUUCGAGACUUUCGGACAAUCCAUAAUCCUCCUUUUCCAGAUGUCCACCUCUGCCGGCUGGGACGGUGUCCUGGCUGGCAUCAUGGACGACACCGAUUGUGAUCCUCCUGAUCCCGAUAAAGACGAUCCGGGCAACUGCGGGAGCAAGGGUAUCGCAGUCGCCUAUCUAGUAACCUAUUUGAUUAUCAGUUUCCUGAUUAUCAUCAACAUGUACAUUGCUGUCAUUCUGGAGAACUACAGUCAGGCCACAGAAGACGUCCAAGAAGGUCUCACUGCCGAUGAUUACGAUAUGUAUUACGAGAUCUGGCAGAAGUUCGACCCGGAUGGCACUCAGUUUAUCAAGUAUGAGUAUCUGACCGACUUCUUGGACGCGCUGGAGGAACCGUUACAGAUCCCGAAGCCUAACAAGUACAAAAUAAUAUCGAUGGACAUACCCAUCUGUAAAGGGGAUCUAAUCUACUGCGUCGACAUCCUGGACGCGCUGACUAAGGACUUCUUCGCCAGGAAGGGGCAUGUAAUCGACGAAAGUGCGGACAUUGGUGACGUAGUGCCUAUCAAAGACCGGGGAGGACUGGAGGCGGUGAGCGGUACCAUCUUCAGACAGCGGGAGAUCUACGCAGCCCGCGUCAUCCAACAGGCCUGGCGUCGCUACAAGGGCCGAAGCAAAUCAGAGCCCAAGCCUCAACAGACUGCAAUUGUGGUCGAGAGUGACGGACACGUGACCAAGAAUGGACACAAAGUCGUCAUUCACUCUAGGUCGCCAAGUGUCACCAAACUCUCCACAGAUGUGUGAUAAUUACUGAACAUGGGCUAAGGGACAGGGGAACCUUCUAUAGCUUCAUACAGCUACAACUACAAAAAGGCUUGCUCUAUCUCUAUGUCUCUAUCUAAUCUAUCUCUGAAUUUCAUUGAGCUCGUGGCGACGAACCAAAAAAAAAUAUGGGGCUGCAAUUGAAGCGUAUAUUUUUAUAUUAUGUAUGCAGGGGCACGUAUACCUGUCUGCUUACAACACGUGUACUUGGUUGACAAAACCAAUGUUUUCCAUCGUUAUUUUUCUAACAAUUAGUUUACACUAAUUAUCUAUUUACACUAUAUGUAAAUACGCAAGAAAAAAUAUGUGGUUAAAGCCAUAGCAUAUUGCUGCUAGAGAGAAAUAUAUAUACAUAUAUAAUUUUAAUAUUAUGUUCUAAUUUUAAGUGGUUAAAAGUUGUUAGAAGGAAGUAUAGUUCGUUCGUUUCCUUUUAAAAAUAAUACUAUUUGAAGCCAGAAAAGUAUUUUAUCUUUUCAAUUUUAGCAAACGUACCACUGGGAUAUUUCGGAACAUGGCACAAAGGAAGUCUGAAGGCUUAAAACUAGAUAAGCUUGGUCAGAGGCGCUUUGCUUUUACUGCGGCAGCGAACUGUUACGGUAUGUCUUUCGGUGAUAGUAUAUUUUAAAGCUUCCAAAUCUUUAUCUUGUCAGGUCUUCAGCCGCUCAAAUCGGAGGAAGAAAUGGCGUCGGCAGACCCUUCUUUAUCCAGAUAUAUAAAUAUAUUUAAUAAGGGCCUUAAUUUCCCAGCAAUGGAUAAGUGAAUAUGCAAUAAUUUCUUGUUGAAACGAUUCGUUGUCUGUUGAGUUACAUAGCAAUAGAAGAUAGAUACGAGGUAUGUUUUGAGUUAGAUUAGAGAGAAAUACUAAAUAAUGAAAAAAAAUAAUACGCGUAGGCUAUUUUUUUAAUUUUUAUCAACUGCACUCACGUCUGUGGUGAUCUAAACGCGGCCCGUGCGCAGGAAAAACUCAGGUUUUUAAUGCGUGGAGGAAGCGAGUGAUAGAGUGUGAAAUGACAGAGCACAAAAAAAAACUAUCAGGUAUGAGAGUGAGAUAUGUGUGUACAUACAAACUAUAUAUAUAUACAGAUAUAUACUGAACCUGUAUAUCUCUAUAUAUGAUGGGAGGAUGAGUACCUUUAGUGAGAACACCGUCAUUUUAGGGUUCCUCAGUUUUCAUGCGGACUCAGUAGUCUUUUAGCCUACAAGAGGAAUGCCUUGACAGCGCCGUGGCGCUGACUCGUCUAGCAAAAUAAUAAAUAAUAAUAAUAAUAAACGAACCUUAAAUUGAAUCAGGGUCACAUACAACUGGUCAGGGGAAAAACAAAUCAACAACAUUUUUUCAUGUCCUAUCUCUCUUUGCACACGUAAACUUUAGACGUCUAAACACUCCAAGCUCAGUUUCUUGCCGUUCCCCUGGGAGAACAGAAGGUGAAAAAAAGAAGAAGCGUUUAAACGCGUGUGACGCCUGCCGUCACGGCCUUUUUCCGUCAGCCACUCAUGAGCGUUCCUGCUCUCUUCAGAGGUUUCAUUUUAAUCAUGUGCCUUUCUGCGUUGUUGUUGCUGUCCCAAACAGCAAGAUAUUGCGUCAUAAAGAUAAAUAAAUAAAAGAAGAAAAAAAACUCAGCAAAACGAUUUUGAAAUUGCUUGAAUUUAGCUUCUUUCUAUUCUAUUAAAUCCCAGCACCUCCUCCCAUCUCGCCCCGGAUGAUUAUAUACUCGUUUCUAUAGAAUGUCCAAUAUAAAUAAACAAAUAUAUUAUAUAUACUUAUAAAAUAGCAAAAAAAUGUCCGUGUACAUGUAUAUAUAUAAAUAGUACGUUGUAAAUAUAUACAUAUACACGAUAAGAAAUUUUAUCCACGAGCUUAGACCACGUCCCGACUCGAAGCUCAUGUUAAUAUAUAUAAAAAAAAGAUGUAUGAAUUUAUCAGCACGUCGCUUUUUAGUAUUCGAAGCUCAAAGUUCCAUGAAUUGUUUAUUUCUUUAGUCUCACACAAAAUAAAAGAGGAAAUAACAAAAUACAAACCAUUGUGUGCCACUUUGGUGCUAAGAAGUCUGAAAUGUUUCCCUCUUUUGUUUUUUCGACAUAAUAAUACGUUUUUCCCAUGUUUUUGGAAUAUUUUUUAUUGCUCUUAUUUUGCAUUCUGGUAGCAUUCAUUCGCAUUUUUCUGAAGAAAUCUAAAACUCUCCAAAAAAAACCAACAAUCAUCAUCAUAUAAAUCACAACAAAUUUUAGCGUCAAUUCGACUCGCCUGUUAAAUUUAGCAGGAGCUCUAGAAUUUAGAAAAUUAAAUACCUAAAUCCGAACUAGAUCUUUAGAAACGCCUCCAAUCUAGGCCCUCUAGCAUUAUUAAAAGUUUAUUAGCUUUCUUAAAAAAUGCAACACUGGAACAGCAGAAACUGAUUGUAUAACUCCUCCAUCCUAUUCUUAGAGAAAUUCUUAAGUUUCGAAGAGCCUGAACUUUUAAAGAUUCUACUCUAUCGUAUAUAUUCUGGCGAUGCGCUAUUGGAAACAAUGACCAUCGCAGAUGCUAUUACUACUAUUACUACUAAAAAAUGCUUCAAGAAGUUGAAUCGCCAUUUCCAUUUUAAACACCAAGUUUCAAUCAUUUUCUCAAUUCUGCCUUUUCAGCUUGUACUUACUUUGUAAGACGUUUUGAAUUUCACAGUUUGUACCAUACUGCCUGUAAAUACAUCAUUGAAUAAAUUUUUGAUAAUUUAUCACAACGAA